AUGGUCAACACCACUCCCAACACACCAGCAGCCCCAACUCGUACUUCACCACGGAAGCAAACCACUACAGAGAACCCCCAACCCAACAAUGACGAAACCCCAAAACCUGCCGAUGGCACAAAGCCAAAAAACCCUCGCUGGACCAUCGAAGAGGACAAACUCCUCUGUGUUGCAUGGCUGAACACCACCCGCGAUGCUAUAGUUGGAACGGGACAAAAAGCAACUACGUUCUGGGAGAGGGUCGCUACGUAUCAAAAGAAACUCGUUCAAGAUUACAACAACGAAAAGCAAAGAACCAGGGGCUUCAAAGAGCUCCCCUUCCGAUUAACAAACGCCGUCGAGUGCCGUUGGGGCCAUAUCAUGAAGGUCUGUAGCCGAUUCUGUGGAUGUUACAGCCAAGUUGAACGUCGAUUAUCGAGUGGAAAAACCCGAGAUGAUGUGCUUGCCGAGGCCAAAGAGCUUUACAAAGCUCAGUAUGAAGCCACCUUCAACCUAGACCAUUGCUGGGGUAUCUUGAAAGACACCCCAAAGUGGCUGGCGACUCAACAAGAAAACGAACUGAAGUCCAAAAAAACAAAAGAGCCGAAGGAGCCAAGUGUGACUCCAGCCACCGACGAGACUAAUCCAUCGAGUCCUCCUCCUGAAGCUCCUGCCGACGACGAUAUUGGGGCCGAUCGAGGUGUUCUUGGCGAUGACGGCCGACCAGAUGGAAAUAAAGCGGCAAAGCGAAAACGCAAAGAGGACCUCAUGCUUGAAAAGGUCAUCAAGAUGCAGGAGGAGAUGGUCAAAGUCUCUCAAGAACGAGCUGCUACUGUCAAAGCAGCAAUGCAAUCAGCAGCCGAUGAUCGCAUCAUGUCAACUGAUCUUACCGGAAUGGACGAUGAGACACGGGCUUAUUGGCAAAAAAAGAAAAGGGCAAUCUUGGAUCGCCCCGAGUAG